AUGCAAUCUUCAGAUGUAAAGCCAGAUUCAUCAACCUUUGUGAGCAUACUCCCAUCUUGUGCAAAACUUGGAUCUUUUGACCAGGGUAUGGAGAUAAAUCAAAAAAUAAUUGAAAAUGGGUUUUUGUCUGAUAUGGUUGUAACAGCCCUAAUAGAUAUGUAUGCUAAAUGUGCGAGUAUACAUAAGUCACAUGAAUUGUUUAACAAUAUGCAUCAUCCAGGUGUAGUUUCAUGGAAUGCAAUCAUAGCAGGCUAUGCAAUGCAUGGCUAUAGCAUGGAUGCCCUGAAACUAUCUGAACUAAUGAAGCAAUCUGGUAUCAAUCCCGAUCAUGUAAGCUUCAUUUGUGUUUUGUUUGCUUGCUGUCAUGCGGGUGUAUUGGAUGAUGGCUGUAAAUUUUUUGAUCACAUGAGUGACUUUUAUGGUAUCAAACCCACAGUGGAGCAUUAUGUAUGCAUAGUUGAUCUUCUUGGCCAGGCUGGCCAUCUUGAGGAAACCCUAAACUUCAUUAUCAAAAUGCCAAUAAAACCUGACGUGGUUGUAUGGAUGUGUUUGCUUGGCCCUUGUAGAUCACAUAAGAAUAUAGAGCUAGGAGAAUUUGUGGGAACACUUCUUUUUGAGUUGGAUCCUCAAAAUGCUGCACCUUAUGUUCUUCUUUCAAACAUUAAUGCAGAAGCUGGAAGAUGGAGUGAUGCUCAAAAGCUAAGGAAAUUGAUGAAAGACAGAGGAGUUGUAAAGAAACCUGGAUGUAGUUGGAUUGAAGUCCAUAAAAGGGCACAUGGAUUUUGUGUGGAAGACAGAUCAUACCCACAAACACAGGAGAUGUAUUCGAAGUUGGAGAAAUUGUCUUGGGAGAUGAAGACAGCAGAUUAUAUUCCAGAUAGUCAUAUGGAAUGA